CCAGUUAAAUCAGAAUCAGAAUAUACGCUGAAUUCACACAACAUGCUCACACCAUCAUGGCACUGUGCACCUGUCCCUUAUUCAGAAGUGAGAAACUUGGCAAUCCUAAGUACGGCAGACAUCAAAAUUUUUCAUCUGAUUUCGCUUUUAGUUUGUAUGAAUUUAUCUUUGUAAAUACCUGUAUGCUCAUUGGAACAAGCUGCACCAUGUGAUCUGUGAGGAUGACACCUCACUCAUUCAUCUUGUCACCUGUUUAACUUGUUUAAGACUGAAACAAACGAUGUAUUAGAUACAGGUGCAGUCUGACAACAGUUCACAUGUAGACUGAGGAGAGUUGUCUCUUGUAGUGUUUAUUGAACAUGAUCUGGAUCUGAGUUUUUCAGUGUGUUUGUGUCCAGGUGUUCAGUUCAUUAUGAACGGGUCUGAGGAGACAGAGGAUAGGGUCUCCCCCCCUAACCUCAGCAAACCUAACAGCCCAACCAAAGCUCAUAGCUCAGUGUGGCAGAAGAGGCCAGAUUUACCUGGAUUCACCUGUGUGUCCAUGAAAAGUGACCAUUUCAAGGAUGGACAUUCUGACAAGCAAAUCCCUGGCACUCCGGAGGGCCUGGACUCACCUGGACCAACCUGUGUGUCCCUGAGGAGUGACUGGUCUAAGGAUGAGCCCAUUUUUUUCAAGGUUGGACAAAAAAACCAGGUGAUCCAGGAGAGAGCAGACCCACCUGGACUCAGCUGUGUGUCCAUGAGGAGUGAGUGGUCUAAAUCUGAAGGUGAAGCAGAAACUGUUCCACCAAGAGUCAGUUUGUCCGGACCCUUCAGGAAGAGGUCUGAGGUUACAAGAGUUCGUCCCGCCCUGAAUCAUCUGGACAACCUGGACUCCAUUUUCACACUUCUUGAAGAGAACAUGGUGGCCUUUUUGAGGACCGAGCUGAAAAAGUUCAGGAGAGUUCUGGAUCCAGAAAAUUUAGAGAAGCUGAGAGAAGAUGAUGACAUCAUUGCUGGUGAAGAAGAGGAGCAGGAAAGCAGCAACAGAGAAGCACUCAUGAAGAUCACUCUGAAUUUCAUGAGGAGGAUAAAGCAGGAGAAACUGGCUGACUCUCUAAAAAGCAAAACUCUCGCUAUGAUUUGCCAACGUAAUCUUAAGUCUAAACUGAAGAGGAACUUUAAGUAUUUGUUUGAGGGAAUUGCAAAAGCAGGAAAUCCAACAUUGCUGAACCACAUCUACACAGAGCUGUACAUCACAGAGGGAGAGAGCAGAGAGGUCAAUGAUCAACAUGAGGUCAGACAGAUAGAAGCAGUUUCACAAAGAGCAGCGAGUUCAGAAACAACAAUCAGAUGUGAGGACUUAUUUGGACCUUUACCUCACAGAGCUGAAUCAAUCAGAACUCUACUCACAAAGGGAAUGGCUGGCAUCGGGAAAACAGUCCUAACACAGAAGUACAUCCUGGACUGGGCUGAAGACAAAGCCAACAAAAACAUACAGUUCAUCUUUCCAUUUACCUUCAGAGAGCUCAAUUUGCUGCAAAAGAGGAAGUUCAGCUUGGUGGAACUUCUUCACCACGUCUUUGUUGAAACCAAAGAAGCGGGAAUCUGCAGACUAAAUGAGUUCAAUGUUGUGUUUGUCUUGGAUGGUCUAGAUGAGUGUCAACUGCCGUUGGACUUCCACAAAAAUGAGAUCCUGACUGAUGUUACAGAGCCAACCUCAGUUGAAGUGCUGCUGACAAAUCUCAUCAGAGGUAAACUGCUUCCCUCUGCCCACAUCUGGAUAACAACGCGACCUGCAGCAGCCAAUCAGAUCCCCCCUGAAUGCAUUGACAUGGUGACAGAGGUGAGAGGAUUCAGUGACCCUCAAAAGGAAGAGUACUUCAGGAAGAAAUUCAGAGACCCAGAUCAGGCCAGCAGAAUCAUCUCUCACAUCAAGACAUCAAGGAACCUCCACAUGAUGUGCUACAUCCCAGUCUUCUGCUGGAUCACUGCUGCAGUUCUUGAGGAUCUUUUAAAAAUCAGGGAGAGUGAACACUUGCCAAAUACCCUGACUGAGGUGUACAUCCACUACCUAGUGGUUCAGACCAAACAGGGAAGUGUCAAGUACUACAGCAAUGCAGCAGCAGAUUCAGUCUGGGACACGGACAUGAAGAAGACCAUCCUCUCUCUGGGGAAACUGGCUUUCGAGCAGCUGGAAAAAGGAAACCUGAUCUUCUAUGAAGCUGACCUACAAGAGUGUGGAAUAGAUAUCAAAGUUGCCUCGGUCUACUCGGGUCUGUUCAUGGAGAUCCUCAAAGAAGGCCAUGGGCUGAACCAGGCCAGGAUGUUUUGCUUUGUCCAUUUGAGCAUUCAAGAGUUUCUGGCAGCGCUCUUUGUCAUCCUGACAUUCACCAAUCAUGGUGUCGAUCCACUAAGAGCAAAACAGCUCCCAUCAGUACAUCCUGUGCCAUUGCUACACAAAUCUUACUUCCAACAUCUCAAGAGGGCAGUGGACAAGUCUGUAGAGAGUCCAAAUGGUCACCUGGACUUGUUUGUUCGCUUCCUCUUAGGACUCUCACUGGAGACAAAUCAGAUGCAGCUGAGAGGCCUGCUGAAAAAGACAAGAGGUUCACCACAGGCUAAAGACAUGGUUGCACUGCACAUCAAGAAGAAGAUUCAGGAAACUGCUUCUCCAGAGAGGAGCAUCAAUCUGCUCCACUGCCUGAAUGAGCUGAAUGAUCAUUCUCUAGUCGAGGAGAUGCAACAGUACCUGAGAUCAGGGAGUGUCGCUCGAAAAAACCUUUCUCCUUCUCAGUGCUCGGCACUCGGCUUCAUCAUCCUCACGUCACAAAAAGGUCUAGAUCAGUUUGAUCUGAGGAAAUUCUCUGCCUCAGAGGAGGGACUCCUGAGGCUGCUACCAGUGGUCAAAGCAUCCAAAACCUCUGUGCUGAGUGGCUGUAACCUCUCAAAUCAGAGCUGCGUAGCUUUGGGCUCAGUUUUCUCCAUCAACUCUUCUCUGAGACAGUUGGACCUGAGUAACAACGACCUGCGUGAUACAGGAGUAGAGUUACUCUCAAAUGGACUUAAGAGUCCUCACUGUCAACUGGAGAUUCUAGGGCUGUCCGGCUGUCUGGUCACAGAGACAGGCUGUGCUUCUCUGGCUGCAGCUCUGAACAUAAACCCCUCUCACCUUAAAGAGCUGGACCUGAGCUUCAACCAUCCAGGAGAUUUAGGAGUGAUGCUGAUCUCUGUUGGAAUGAACAACAAAAAGUGGAAAUUGGAAACUCUCAAGAUGGAUCAUUGUGGAAAGGGUCGACUGAAACCAUCACCACGAAGGUAUUUCUGUGAGCUCUCACUGGACCCAUUCACAGCAAAUAAAAACCUCUUGCUGUCCGAAGACCUCAAAGGAGCGAUGUUGGUGAAAGAGAAGCAGCUGUAUUUUGAUCAGCCAGAGAGAUUUGACACCUGGAAACAGCUACUGUGUGAUGAAGGUCUAACUGGACUUGGGUACUGGGAGGUUCAGUGGGAUGGAAGGGUAAAUAUCGGAGUAACUUACAGUGGAAUCAACAGAAGGGGAGAUGGUAAUGACUGCUGCAUUGGGUGGAACGAUAAGUCCUGGAGUCUGAUCUGCACCCCUCAAGGUUACACGGCCUGGCACAACAACACAUCAACAGACAUAGAUACACACCUGACCCCUCAGUCAAACAGAGUAGCAGUGUAUCUGGACUGGCCUGCUGGUGCUGUGUCCUUCUACUGUCUCCAACCAACAGUCUCAUCAGUCAAACCCAUCCACCUCCACACCUUCCACUCCACAUUCACAGAGCCCCUCUACCCUGCCUUUGGGUUUGGACAAAUACUUGACUCAAAAUUCAAACCAGCCUCAGCUUAUCUGAUACAGAUUGACGAAUGAAAUAUAACUUCAUGUUUAUUCAUGCAUCACCUCUAUUAACAGAUCUGCAUGGGACAGAUUUUAGUCAGUGCUCUGGUUUUCCUUCAAAGUCCAAUCAGUAUCGUCUGCUUUAGCGGACGUUGGCUUUCAUUUGUAGACUGAUAUUAGCAUGCAAGUGCAGAUAAUCUGGUUUUAGAAGUUGUUUCCCCUUACCAACUCUGUCCUUACUUCUGAAGCGGUAGGACUGUAAGCAAUGCCAACAUGUACGGUAUGUAGUCUCGCCUGGAAGUCCUGUAUUAGCAUCUUCUGGGAAGUCCCACACCCCAGCCGUAAUCAGCUGACAGUCUGCUGAUUGAAUCAUUCUUUUCCACCACUCAGUCAUCAAUCAAGGCCCGUUCACAAAACAAGGCUGUCCAUGUAAACGGAACAACUGAUUGCAACUACACUAAUGCUGCACACACACGCACACGCACACACACACACACACACACACACACACACACACACACACACACACACACACACACACACACACACACACACACACACUGCUGCUGCUCCAGCUGCUGGUAAAACUUUUCCUCUGCCACUCAAGCCUCUACCUUCCUUGCCUGGAGCAUUUGGCCGAUCUCUUUUAAACUCAGAAGAACUCAGAGGAUUGUACAAGCAUGCUGCUUGGCCAACUCAGGGUGCAUCAAAAGAGUGGAGCCAUCAUUGUUGGUGGAUGCCAGUGAAUAAGGAAUCUUCGCCGCUCUCCCCAGAAGGGCAAAGACUUAGGGGACAGCUGCAGCCAAACUGAUCCGUCCAAAUGAGACUAGAAUUGCUGCCAAUGGUUCAUCUUCUCAAUAAUGACAUGGUGGGAAUAAAAGCAAACAUGUAUUGGCAUUUCUGGAAAUAUUAUAACACCACAUCUUCAGCUGCAAUGGACAUUUGUAGAAGCUGUAUCUAAAACUUGUCAAACAUUCAAUUCUCCAAGCAUUACUGUCACUGAUUUUUGGUUACUAUCCAAAUCAAAGAGUUUGAUGAAUCCAUGCGGAGAAAUGUGAGGGGAGCUGUGAGCUCUCUUAGUAACAGGAUGGCCUGCAGUGUGAUGUUUUUAAUGUACUUGUGUUCAUUGUUCAGCAGCAAUUCUGCAGUUGUUGUCUCUCAAGGGCUGUAGGCUCUUCCCAAGGACUGUGCGUCCUCUAGAGAUGCAUUUGAGUAUUGCACUUACAAGGCAACACAAAGAGUGAAAUUUACAUUUGAUCAUUUUUAAGGUAUAUACAAAAAUCAAAGAAGAUGAUCCUUAAUGCAGUCACAGUGACUUUUAAUAUUUGUUCAUAUCAGUCAAAAAA